AUGCCCCUCCCCUACGAUCCUCUCCUCUCCCGGCGGCGCCCUAGGGUUCUGGCUCCCCUCUCCGUCUGCGCGAGCGGCAUAUCGACCUCAUCACUUAGGCCGGGAGCCGGCGGCGGCGAAACCCAAGGUUAGUCAAGGAUGGUGAGGGUUAGCGUCCUUAACGACGCGUUGAAGAGUAUGUACAAUGCAGAGAAGCGUGGGAAGAGGCAAGUCAUGAUCCGGCCCUCUUCAAAAGUGAUCAUCAAGUUCCUUAUUGUCAUGCAACGCCACGGCUACAUUGGCGAGUUUGAGUAUGUUGAUGACCACCGAGCGGGGAAGAUCGUGGUUGAAUUGAAUGGGAGGCUCAACAAGUGCGGGGUGAUCAGCCCUCGAUUCGAUGUUGGCGUGAAGGAGAUUGAGGGCUGGACAGCCAGGCUGCUUCCAUCCCGUCAGUUUGGGUAUAUCGUACUGACAACCUCUGCUGGCAUCAUGGAUCAUGAAGAAGCCAGGAGGAAGAACGUGGGUGGCAAAGUGCUCGGCUUCUUUUACUGAAUGGAAUUUUGUGAAAGGAUUUUGGAUUGUAGUAGGAUAUUUAUCUUUCGAUGGAUCCUGUCUAUUCCUAGUUACUUACAGGAUGCACUUUGGGGGUGGUGGGCCGUUUUGGUAGCUCUGAUAAAUUAUGCUUUUGUAACGUUUCAUUUAGAAUCUUGUUAUGUGCCUCCUGGCGGAUCUUGCCUGUAUUGGCUGUUGUCUUAAUUCGCCUGAUUAAUUUGUGCCCCGUUUGGAGCACAGGGCGGAUGAAA